UCUUAGGAAUAUGGUGGAAUAAAAAGGGAAAACGUGAAAAUUAAAAGUCUGGUAGAGAGAGUCUGCGGCAUUAUGAAACCCUAGUGAUUAGAGCAGUUGCAGUUCCAGGGGCUGGAAGUGGAGGAAAUUACACAGGAAUUGGGGAGAUUUUUGGCAAAUAGGGGAGUUAUGGCCUGCGUGGAGCCUCAAGGAGGCAUAGUGGCUGCUUAGCGUGGAAUUCUUAGAGGGCUGGUUAUCAAUUUUGGAUGGGGGGAAGAAGACAAAUGUCAUUGAGGGAGGAGAAAAGGAAUAGGAAAGCGAAAGUUUGCUGAUUAUAAAAAAAGCUGCAGAAGAUUUUGAGCCUAAAAUCCUCACGAUGACAACAAUAAAAACGCCUUGCUGUUGAAAAUCAAGGAUAAACAUUGUACCACUGGUACUCGGUUGAGAAAUUUUUGGAACUGACUAACUUCUUCAAUGACUCCCGUCUUUCGCCGCCUUCUACCACCGCCCAAAUAUCCUAUAAAUACUGCAUGGUAAAUUAUUGAGUACACGAGCAGUCAAACAAAACUCUCGCACUAACAGGUAAUGGAAAACAAUUGGCCACCUCUAGAAAUUAUAGACAUCUGAAGUGAUUACUUUAACCAGCCCACUUUACUACAAACUGAGCUAUCAACUGCUGUAAAUUUGUGGAGAAAUUGUACGGACAAUAUCAUGACAUUUGCAAACAAUGUUGUAGCAAACUAUUGUGAGAUUGUCAAAUGCGCUAUGGAAAUGACUGAGGGUGCAAACCAUGUUCAACAUUCUGAGAUCGCAACCAUGCAAGCAGCUCUACAAAGAUUUCAUCUAACACGUGGGAGAUUAGAGGCUCUCUUCAAGAGCUGGUUUAUGGAUAAAUGAUUAUAUUUGGUCACACACAUAUAGAAGCCCUUUGAAGGUUGCAUUUGUGGUGGUCGUAAAAUUGAGCGAGGCGUAUGGCAGAUCUUGAGAAUUUGCUGCUUGAGGCAGCUGGUCGAACUAGUGCCCAUGAUGGAAAGCAUAGGAAUCGAGCUCCAGCAAAGAGGAAGCAAUCUGAUUCCUAUUCAGAUGAUGGCAGUGACUCCAAUUCUGAUAACGGAGAUGAUUCUGAUGAUGCAGGAACAACAAAUAGAAAGGCAUCUGGGUCAAGGAUGCCUUUAAAGAAGAGAUUUGAUUCUGGUGAAAAGGACGAUGAUGGUGACCAUAUAGAUGAUUCAGAUAGUGAUGGAUUAUCGUUUGGGAGUGAUUUGUACAAAGAUGACGAAGAUAGGGAGCGACUUCGAAAGAUGUCUGAACUAGACAGGGAGAUGAUUUUGGCAGAGAGAGCAGAGGUGAGGGAUAAUUUUUUGAUGCGGAAGAGGGCUGAAGCUCGACAAAAUGAGACUAGGAAUCAGAGGGGAAAAGAUAUAGGGCCACCAUCUUCACGGAUGCGCUCUUCUGUGAAAUCUACUAGGUCAGUGAAAGAAAAUGCCUUAAAUGAGUUAGUUGCAAGGAGACAGAAGGCACAGGAUUCAGAUGUGCAACGAAAGCGAAGGGACACUGCUGGGUCAUCUAGAGGACGGGAUUCUUCACCUGACAGACGAAAGUCUCAUGCUAGCCCUAGUGUUAGUCCAUCAUCCUCUAGUAACAGGGAUCAAAGCCCAAGCAGUCGUGGAGAUUCAGAGGAAAGUGAUGCAGAAGGCACACACACCGAUAAUCCUUCCUUUGAUGAUAUUAAGAGUAUAACAAUCCGGAGAUCAAAGCUUGCCAAGUGGUUCAUGGAGCCAUUCUUCGAAAAGAUCAUUGUGGGUUGUUUUGUGAGAAUUGGCAUUGGUAUUUCAAAGUCAGGACAACGUAUUUACCGUCUUUGCAUGGUCAGAAAUGUAGAUGCAACUGAUGCUGACAAGCAAUACAAAUUUGAGAAUCGGAUUACUCACAAGUACUUGGAUUGUGUUUGGGGCAGUGAUGAUAGUGCAGCUAGAUGGCAAAUGGAAAGGGUGUCUGAUUCACCUCCUCUUGAGAAAGAGUUUAAGGAAUGGGAACGGGAAGUAGAGCGCACUGGGGCCAGAGCUUUACAUAAAGCUGAUAUAGAAGAGAAAAAAAAUGCACUAAAUGAUAUAAAUAAUUUUGUCUAUUCUGCAGAAACUGUAAAGCAGAUGCUGCAGGAGAAGAAGAUGGCUUCUGCAAGGCCAUCAAAUCUGGCUGCUGAGAAGGAUAGGCUAAGGAAGGAGAUGGAGCUUGCAGAGAGCAAACAUGAUUAUUCAGAAGUAGAAAGGAUCAAAACAAGAUUGAAAGAAUUAGAAGUCCUUUCAAUUCAGAGAAAAAGCAAGGAUGCAAAAGCCAUAAUGCUUGCUGAGAUGAAUAAGAAAAACAGAUUCGAAAAUUUUAAGAAUGCUUCAAUGAUCAAGCCGGCUAACUUUAAUCUUAAAGCAGGCGAGGCUGGGUAUGAUCCUUUCUCUCGUCGCUGGACUAGAUCACAAAAUUAUUACAGUGCAAAGAGUAGUGCUACUGAAGCAAAUGCAGAAGCAAACAAAGAGGCAGAUGCAACUCAGGCAGGGGAAGCAGCAACAGCUAAGGCAUUGGAAGCUGCUGCAGAUGCUGGAAAGCUUGUAGAUACAGAAGCUCCUGUAGCUGAAGGCACAAAGUUAUUCAGUUUGCAUGAUUUUGAGCUUACCAUAUCACUUAAUGGACUGCAGAAGUUUGGGGGUGCUCAGGGUGCCCACUUGGCUUUUAUGGCUAGAAAGCAUCGGAUUGAGGCCACCUGUGGAGUCCAGGUUCCAAGCAGUGACGGAAGGAGGCAUAACUCAACUUUAUCUGUGACUGAUUACAAACGCAGGAGAGGCUUGCUGUGAAAGAAAAGAACAAAAACAAUUCGUUCUUCAUUGCUUCACUUUUUCAAUUUUGAAAUGGAGCAUCACACAAUAGACUUUCUAUGCCCUGAUUGGUUUGCAUGCAUGCACUCAGCGAGCUCAAGUUUCCUGUAGCAUUAUUGUCAAAUGAUUAUAUGAUUUGUGUGAUGAUGGUUGGAUACGUUUGCAGGUUGGAUAUAUUAUAUGUUUUCCAAUUUAAUUAAAGUCUAACUCUUCUUUGCAUUAUAAA